AUGGACGUCGAUAACCUUACAGGAGUGGGACCAGGCGCCUCUCCCGUACCCACGGUCCUUCCACAGGACUUGGAAGACACGGCCGCCGACUUUCAUCCCUAUGAUGCAGCCGUCUCCCCCAUCAACCCUUACCUCCGCCAUCUGGCCUACAGCAGCAACUGUGAAGAGGAGCGCCAGCAGGCCCUGCAUGACAUCCAGCGGGGCCUUGCCCAAGUUGUCCUACACCACCGACUAGAGCCUAGCCUUCGCUUCUGGUGCCGCCGCUUAGAAACAGCUUACUCUCACCCGAGUCAAACCCGACCCGGUCGGUGCGCCCGCUGCCUCGCUCCUCGUCACGCCCCCUCCCUCAGCUACAUGCAAAUCUAUGACCGUGCCUUCUCCAAACAAGAGGCCAUUGACCUGGUCCAGCUGCUAUGGACGUUGUUAAUUCUGCCCGACCUGGACAUUGCCUUGCAGCACCGCAUCGCCCGCUCACUCCGGGCCAUCGUGGGCCAGCGAACCCUCCUCAAGCCACGAGACCUUGAACUUUCCUGGCGCCCCCUCGUCGACCUCGUCAUCAAGCAUCACUUUCCCAAAGUUCGCGCUGCCGCCACAGCCUCCACCGAGUCCCGCGCGACUGACUCGGACUUUUAUCUUCAGUGGUUUGAACCAAUGAUGACGGUCUGGCAGUGGCGUGGCGACAACAGACCCUGGGAUGCCAUAUUCUUGUCCCUCCUGAGCCGGGCCAUCCUGAACAGCUUCAAUCUUCCUGUCACGGGCAGCGAGGCGCGUGCGAGGGCCAACUAUCUUCCACCCCACAUCAAUAUUCUGGCGCCCUCUGGCUCGCCAGAAAUGCGCAUCGCAUCCAUCAUUGUGGACACCAUUCACAACGAAUCCCCCUCUCUGGAGUACCUGCGUCGGCUGUUGCGCGCUUUUGAGAGCUACUUGCAUCCCUCCAACUCGGGGCCGUGGUCCAUGAGCAUUGCCUCCUUUCUGCAGCAUCUGACUUCAGAAAUGUGCGCACGGCUCUUUGAGGAAACGUGCGAAGACUGCACCAUCCCUCCCAACCGCCGGAUGACGCCUGAGCUGCGCCGGCAAUUUGUGGAACUCUUGCGCGAGCCCGUCCUGAUGCUGCUCUUGGCCAAGAAUCUGAGGGUAACAUUGAGCAUCAUGCCAGCACUGCGCAACUUGGCGCACAUUUAUCCGCCUGCACUCCUGGAUGUCAUGCUCGAGCGCGUCUACCCCAUGCUGCAGUCCUUGACAGAGUCGCAUGGCACCAUCGCCGCCCUGGCUUCGUUGAGCAUGGUUGCUCGUCCCCUGUGCACCCCCUCUCUCUAUGCAGCCGGUCGCCAGCACUUGAUUCCGUUGCUGCGCAUGGCUGUGCCCGCCAUCGAUCUCAACGAUGCCUAUAAAUCCUCGGCCGCCCUCAACUUUAUGAGCAAUAUACUCGAUGGAUUGGUACUCGUGGACUGCAGCCAGGGUCCCUUUCCCGCCGACGUGACCGAGGAAGAGCGUGAGUUCUUCUCUGCCACGGCCGAGCUUGAGGAGUGGACCAUGGCUGUUCUCCAGCAAAUCUUUGCUCUUCUCGAGACCCAGGUGGCCUCCAGUGGCUCUCGGUACAACAUUGAAGGGGGCAUCUCUGCCCGCGUCAUUUCGUUUUGCUUCUUCCUUUUCCAGCAGAUGAGUCCGAAAAUUAGCGAACAGGCUUCGCGUUUUGUGGUGCGCUGGGUUCAGUCCCACCUCGUACUUGAUAACGUCAAGGCCGUGGCACACAUUUGCCACUCUGCGGCCCAGGUACAGCCUGAGCUGAUGCUGCAGCUUAUGGUUCCGUACAGCUGCGAUCGCGUGCUCGAGCUCGUCCCCGAUGCGGCUCGAUGGGAUGACACUGGCAUUGUCGACGACACACAUGCCGAUAGCCAUCUGCUGUGGCACCUGCAUCUUCUUGCGCGCGUCGUCAAGUUUCAGGGCGUUGCCCUGCUACCUUACAUGGAGCGCUUGACGGAGGUUUUGGAGGCUUGCUUAGGCCUUGCUUCCAAGCCCGUGGUCGAAGUAGCCAUCAAGCUGCUACGUCACAUCCUGUUUGCGCUCAGCUCGCCAAGCAUCAUGGAUCGACGUACCGUGCCACCCAGCGUUUGGGCACGGGUACAGGAAGACCCAGUCGCCGUCAUGCGGGCUGCCAGUUGCUUGGUGAAUCCCAGUGCUACCCCCUUGCCCGUGGAUUGCGCUGAAGUGGAAGUCAGCUGGAGCCAGCCCACUGCCGAGACGAUGGCGGCCGUUGAUAGGCUCGUGCAUCGCAUCGUCCUGCCCGAAAUGGCUUGCCUUCGAGACGGUCUUUUGACUCACGACACCGACAGCGCGGGCGGAAGCAUUGCUGACCACAUCCGCCAUCGUCGGCUUUACCGUGCGCUUUUGAUUCUACGCGAUGUCGUGCGGGUGGGCCCGGCCAUCAUGGAUAUGGAAUUCCAGGCGCGUCCCGCUCCAAAACGUGAAGGAGACACACCCCAUCGGCGGGUAGAGGAGUCGCACCCCUGGCUCGAGGUUGGCUUUUAUGACGUGAGCCGUUGGUCUGGGUGGGCGCUGCGCGCCUCGGAUGUGGCCCGCGCUCUCUUGGACGUCUCCCAAUACCUUCGCACGCACCGUUCUGAUGAUGCCCGUGCCAUGCGCGCUGCCGUGCACGCGACAUACUUUUUCCUGACCACGCGAGGCAUGCGCGAUCGCAAGCUGCAGCGGGCUCAACAUGCCAUUGUCAGCACCUCGCUCGCGCACCCCGUGGUGCGCCGCAACCUAACCUCGCGCCCCACAGCAAUCAAUUACAUCAUCCUCCUCCACAUGCGCCGCCUUGUCACAAACCGGUCGGCGCACCUCGAUGUACCACUGAGCGACGAGCUUGUGCGCGAGCUGUUUGAGAUGUCCGUGAUUGACUACGCCGAAGUUCGCAAGGCCGCUCAAAGCAGCCUCAAUUCUACCUUUGCGGCCCUUCCCUUGUGCAAGCAAGAUGUUUUUGAGGCCAGCAUGCAGUGCCUUGAGGCGGGCACGGCGAGCGGACCGGAGCCCGACGCACCGUUGCGCGAUGACGAUGAACACCACAGUGCACGCAAGGGGGCGUUGUAUCUGCUCAAAUCGCGCGCCAUGCUCAAGUACAUUUGUCGGCACUGGGGCCGCUUGCGUCGGUUGCUACGCGGCAUUACGCGCCUUCGUGCGGUAGAUCGCGUCUCCAUUCAGAACCUGGUGGCUCAGCUCUCCAAUGAACUGCACAACCACAUAUGGAUGCGCAGCUACGCUCGCCUCGACGACAGUUGCUGGCAGCGGGCAGUCACCCUGGCCCCUGAACUGGCGGGCCAGGAGGCUGAGUUUGAAGCUGCAUGCGUUGAGGCACAGACUUGGGUGGCCAAGGUGAACGACAGCCUACGCGCCCUGAGCAACUUUAUCGCAAACUGGCUGAGCCAGGACGAUCAUCACUGGCGAUAUGAGCUCAUUCUUGCUGAUAAACUCGGCUUGCUCAUCUUGAUGCCCGUGGCCCAGACGCCGGCCGUGUGUCACUUCUUCGUCCAAGCGCUCGCCAGCGCCCACCAACGCCUGCGCAUGCACGCGACCUCAACCAUGGCCCUACUCCUAGCAUCGGUAAAGCGGCCGGCUGAGCGCGUGCCGUAUCACUUUGCUGACGGCGAGCUGCGCCCGGGAACGACGACUAAGCCCGACGAACCGUGCGUCCUUACUCCCGGGGUGCGGCCGGACAACAAGGCGCUGAUGUAUUCGCGGGAGGUGGCGCAAGAGGCCAUGGCCAGUGCCGAGGUCUAUGAUCACCUCGUUUUCAUGGAUAAAAAUUACUUUUCUUGGGCAGGCUACCGGCCCACGGUUGAGUUUUACCGUCCCCUAGCGGAGGCGCCGAGUACCAUAUUUGCCGAUGCGCCCCCUGCGGCGGAGGGCAUGGAGACUGACGCAACCUGGUUGGCCGCGCACACCGUGCGCGAGCAGCUCCUGGAUCAGCCCGAGCACUUGGAGCGAUGGUUUACGUUUUUGUUGAUGGAAGCACACGAGGCCGACUCGGCAUCGGGGUACCGUACGUUUACGGAUAGCAUCGCAGACAUUUUCAAGGGCCUCUUCCGUAACCACGGACCGGCCGUGUUGACGAGCCUGGAUGCCCAGGUGACACGGGUGUUGGCGCAACCGGAUAAGCGCAGCCAUCAACGCUGUGCCGCUGAGCUCUUUGCAGGUUUGGCACGUGGCCUCAAGCACUGGCGGCAUGCCGAUGUGCAGCGUGCCUACGAAUGGCUGUUGCCCAAGUUGGACACGAUGAUGGCGGCCAUGUCCAACGAGACGGUCUCGUUUUGGGUGCAUUUUGCACGCAAUGCGAUGUAUGACCGAGAUGCGCGGCGCUUGUUUCCUAUGCUGGACUGGAUCAUGCGCUUUGAGGUGGAUCAGAAUUCGGGCUUGUCUUCCAUGACCAUUUGCUCGCGCUUGGUCAUGGCGCAGCAAGCCAUUGCUGAGCUCAGCUGGCGCGGCGAAGCUUUGUGUGCGGAGACGCUGGAGCGCUUGCGGGAGCAGCUUGAGCACCCCUUUAAGCUAGUGCGUGAACAGAUUGCUCUCAGCAUCGUGUCGUGCUGUCGAGCCACCAAGCGUUAUUCGCUGCCGUGCAUGAAUGGGCAAGAGGCGGGUACCCCAGCACCGGACUUGGUCGCGGCGACCGUGCUUGCCCUGGUGGAGGCGGCGCAGUCUUUUGUGUCUUCGUCCGAGACAGUGGGGCUGCGAGAUGAGGGCGCGGCAGCGUUGAAGACCACGUUGGGUGUUGUACAUGCAGGCCUGCGGGAGGCGGGCCUGCUCAACGACAUAUUGCCUGCUGUGGUGCGCUUGCUGCUGGCCAUACCCGAGACGCGGGAUGACCCAGAGCUGUUUGAGCUGUCUCAGCGUAGCCUGCGACUGGCAUCAGAGACACAGCUCUCUGCGAGUACGGUAAACGCAGUGCUGGACAUGUUGCUGGAGGAGUGUGGCCGGGCUUCAGCCAACUGGCACUACCGGCGCCGCCUGCUGCGCUUUGUGCAGGUGAUCAUGUAUCGGAACCUCUUUUCGGUAAAUCACGCGGCGAUCGAGCAACUGCUGCGGGCACUGCUGUCGGAUGAGCACGUCGAGGUACGGGAGGCUGCAGCCGUGUCACUGAGCGGAGCUGUGCGCUGCGGGCUGAUUGAGCGCGUGGAGGAUCAAGCCAUGACGUUUACACAGCUCUUGCCCAAGCCCAAGAAGCACAAGCGUCGCAAGGCGGCAGCGGCUAGUGCGGGCGCCGACAGCACUGCCUCUGACUUGAAUCAUCAACAUUCGGCCCUUCUGGGCCUCCAAAGCCUGGUUCUGGCGUACCCGUACACCUUUCCCGCCUGGAUGCCAGAGGUGCUGCUGACCGUGGGUCGCUUUGCGGGCGAGAUCGAUCCGGUUGGACGUUCACCAGUGAUGCCCGCCGAGGCCGUGUACCAGCGCCCUGUCUCCGCCGGCACGCCGCGACAUGGCGGCGGCAUCGACUCGAUUCCCAUGACCUUUCAUUUCCCUGGCAAGACGCUGACGGUGGAAUUGAAAGACAGCGGCUACGAGCAUAAACAAGGCUGCUACUUUAGCAUUCAUCUUCAGGACUGCGAGCGCUGGCCCAAGAAUGCUCGCUUCAUCGCUGUCUCCAGCGAAAGCAACGAGACCGUCUUUGAAAGCAGCAGCUACAGCCAGCUCGCCAAGAGUGUCAAACUGUACAUGGCCAAGGGACUCAAGGGCCGCGAUACGAACGGCCCCUUAAAACACCCUCUGCAACUCGUGGCCAUACACAGAAACCGCCAGUUCAAAAGCAAAGCCCUCUUUCACAUCCGCAGCAGGCGCGUGAUCAGCAAGCAACGCAUCGAAAAGAACAUUCAGAAGGUCAUCGACUCCAGUGGUGGCCGCCAAAGCAUGCUUGAAGACCUCCAAAGCUUUUAUCACAUGGCGACAGAGACCUUGGUGCUCAGGCCUGCCGUUUAUGACCUCUUGUCUCAUUUUUUUAACAGCAAAAUGGAGCAGCCAUCCUGGUCGCAAUCGGUGCCGGCGCUGCCACCCAGCUUGCAGGACGAGGUUCUUGACGUGCUGCAACUGGAACAUGCCAGGACUCUUCCUGUGGAGCGAUUGACGUCGGCAACCGGCUUCAAUCAUACCAUGGCUCCUACAGUCACAGGCCAAACCAACACGGUCAACUUCGCUGCCAGUGCUUGUUCCCCUUUGGCGAGUCCGUCUGCCCCCCAGAGCGAGACCAUGGCUUUUGACGAGCUACAACGAGUUAUCACUCUUCCACCGGAGGGAUCGGCAUCAUCAACCCUGCAAUCCACUCCUAUGACAUUUGCGGAGAGUUUGUUCGCUGCAAGCGCUUCCCCUUUCUACUCGGGAGCCCCGUUUGACCCAGCAUCCAGCUUUCAUAAUUCUCGAUCAAGCUAUGAGAGCAACACGCCAGACGCGUCGGCUUCAUCGCCCAUGCUCAGCAACCUGAAUACAUUUAUGCUUCCAGCGUGGCUGGAUGAGGACUUUACCUUGUUCAACUAGGCCCCAGGCAAGCUAGGAAUACUAUCGCAUCAUAUUCUUUCAAGCGUGGAGUGUAUAGACACCCUUUGAAAUCAUUCUUUUUUCCUCGCAUUAC